UGUGUGUGUGUGUGUGUGUGUGUGUGUGUGCGUGCGUGCGUGCGUGCGUGCGUGCGUGCGUGUGUGUGGCAUUUUAACCAUCCAGCAGUAGUUCACAAUCAUAAGAUCUUUAUCCUCACCAUCAGAUGCCUCAUAAUCUUUUCCAGUGUGCUCCUGUCAUAGGUGUGCGCAGGGUUUUGUACAGCAUGUUCACAUAGUAGGAGAAUGCUUCUUAACACCCGCAUGGGGAGAGUAUCAGAGGACAUAGCUGGAUCAAAUCAAAAGUGAAUAUCUUAUCCCUCUUGGGUGUUUUAAUGAUGGAUAUAGUUGACUGCAGUAGAGGCCAGUCGUCAUAGAUGGCAUAGAGUAUUUAAUUUGGCUUGUGUUUCACAGAUAAAUCUAGCUGUCAAAAUACACAUGUUCACUUGUUGUACUGGCUGUUUUUCUUGUAAAUUUACAGUAUAUGUUGUAUAUGCAUCUCAGGCUUGCUUUAGUAAGUGUACAUGUAUUUAAAUCCUUCACGUUUGUUUUUAAAGCAUUUCUACAACAGACUGAAGUUAAAUGACAAACUAUAUGAGUGUCUGCGAAACAAGUGUGUGAGUGUGAGAGAGAAAGAGAGGGAGACAACAGAGAGGAGGAGGAAGAGAGAACACUGUAAUUUUCCCACUAUUAAUAGUUUACUUUAAGUAACGCGAGAAGGGUGACAUCGGAAAAUAUGAGAUCCUUUUGUCUUGCGGUUGCUGUGGAUCACCAAAAAUAUGUGCCCAAUUAUCUGAAAAAAAGGAAAACCCAUUGUCAUCUCAUCAAUCAAUGGCAAAUACGUCACACAAAAGUAUAACUUCCUUGUCCCUGCCAGUACUGUGCACUUUGUGUCAGAUUGUGGCUGAAGUCGCCAUGACAAUGUAGAUGUUACUGUAAUUACACAGGCAUGCAAUAAAGUUAAUACUCUAGCUCACAAGUCAUUCCUCAUCAUUAUGCACUAUCCUGAACUGAAUGUCUGCAUUAGUUUGGGUUCUAGCAGCUAAAACGACAGCCCUCCCCUCGCCUACACCCAGGAAAAGGAAUCAAUCAACCAUCUGCAGGCUGCCUAUAAAUAAAAUCAGAACUUCAGAAAUGCUGCAGGAAUGUCUUGGACAUUUCCCUCAGAAGUCAAUGGUAGUUCUUUUUCAGUCCAGAACACUUAAAUAUUUUGUAAAAGGGGACAUAUUUACACAACCUUGCCCCUUUGUCUAGAUCUGAGAGGCGUGUAGGAACCCGGUUCUGCUUUCAGCUGGCAAGCGCUCAAAUAAAGCAGCGCCUGUUUUCUGGGAGACCCCUGUUCCCCUGACUCUCCUAAGGGGCUCUGCAAACUGGGAGGGUCAUCAUUAUUACAGCACCCCCCAUUUCAGUGACUCAGUAACUCCCCAUUUAUACACUUUAGAAGUCCAACCAAGUGCAGCGCACUAUUUGUGCAAAUCACCUGGAGCACAUGCAUCCUGCGACCUCAAAUAGGCCACAGGCUAUCCUCUUGCCCCUAAUUUGAGGCACUCUUUUACAAGCCACGGCUUUCCACAUUUUCUCACUCUCUCCACUUAUCUUUUGAAUGGAUCAAUGCCUCCAUCCUCUCCUUUUGGAAAUUCAUGUAUCCAAAUUGCCUGCAGACCCACAGGAAAAAUACACAUUUAGCCAUAGUGCCUUCAUAUUCCUCAACCAGAGCCAAGGUUUUUCCGCACCCCGCACCCCGCAGUAUGCCACAAAAAUAUGUAUAAAAUGGCAUUUACUUCAGACAUUAAUAAAACUUAUUCGGUCGUCCAGAGACAAAUAAUACCACACCAAUGGAACUGGAUUUUUUUUUUUCAACUUCAACUAAAUUGUAAACUUUUUUCUCUUUCCUCUGCUGCUCGUUUUCAUAAUGAUAUCCUACAAUAAAAGUUUAACUAUGAUCAGUACAUUCAAAAUACUUACAUGGAAAUCUUAAUUAUGCGAGCCACGACUGCAUUUAAAAGUAAUUGAAUUAUUUGUAAUAGGUCUGACCUUGUUGGCACCAUGUAGCAGUUCAAAAAUAGAAUAUACAACGGCGCUCGCCUUUGGCAAGUGAUAAAGUGCCACACGUGCAAGCAUGGGGGAGUGUCUGGGAAGAAAGUGCUCUAGUAGUGUCACAGAGAGGGAGAGAGAGCGCGCGUAACAGUACGGCAGCUCAAACCUGAUUCUCUAACUAUUCAAACGGGAUUUACACGGACUAACACAGACUCAUAACGCCCUUAACAAAAUAAAAUAAAAAUAUAAACAAACUAAAGGGGUUCUAGGUUAACUAUGAAAAUGUUAUAUUGGCAGCUUGCCACUGUCGUGGUGUGGUGCUUGAUAGGGUUUGCUAUCGGACGGAGAGCUGGUGCUGAAGACGGCGACAAUCUCGAGAAAACAAACAGCGCGCGAUGCACCUCGCGAUGUCUGACUCUCCACAUGACACAGCUGACGGCUUCAUUCAAACAUCUUCAGAGUGACAGUGUCCUGAGCUGGUGUGAGAGUCACCGUCGAUGCUCACAGUGCCUACAGCCGUGCAAGGAGUUAUGGGAAUCGGGACGUGGUCUUUCAGAGAAGUCCUGUGAGCACCAUGAGUGUGUGACCAGUGCUGAGUUCCUGCUCUCGCUGCGCUCUCAGAAGCAGGGCGACUGCCCGUCUCCUCAAAGGGCCUCCGGCUUCGCCGCCGCCUGCGUGGAGAGCUGCAACGCCGAUAAGGAAUGUUCCGGCUCCAAGAAGUGCUGCCCCAAUGGCUGCGGACACACCUGCCAGACCCCAACAAACCUCUUCAAGGGUGUUCCACUGAAGCCAAAGAAGGACAUGUCCUUCUCAGAGGACCAUUCGGGACAUCUGGAGGUGAAGUGGAUGUCCAAGUUUAACGUGUCCAUCGAGCCUGUCCUGUACGUCCUGCAGAGGAGGUGGAACUACGGCAUCCACCCGAGCGAGGACGAGGCCUCGUCCUGGCAAACCGUUCUCAUGACCAUAGAGGAGCGGGCAGUGCUGAAAGACGUCCGACCCCACAGGUGGUACCAGUUCAGAGUGAGCGCGGUCAACAGCCAGGGCACACGGGGCUUCACCACCCCCAGCAAGCACUUCUUCUCCUCCAGAGAUCCCUUCCCACCGGAGGCUCCCCAGAACCUGCGGACAGGGAACUUCACCGCCCGGCCCGACGGCACCGUCAGUGUGCCCCUGCGCUGGGACACUGCGCCCGAGGGUGACCUGCCCGUCCACCACUACAGGGUCAGCUGGAGCGUCCGCGGGGCCCAGCGCCUCGGCCACAGUCGCCGGGAAAACGCCAGGGUCACUGACGGGGCUGCAACAGAAUUGGAGCUCCCUGGACUGCAGCCCAACGUUGUUCAUCAGGUCCAAGUGCAGGCCAUAGCCUAUUGGGGUCAGAAGCGGCUGAAGAGUCCCAGAGCUCUGCUAUCCUUCACUCCAACAUCAACAGCUUCCUCGACAGCCCCAGGCCAGGGCCACUUCACUGGGGAGUUCUCCAACGAGCUGCCCCUCUCACACUCCUCACCCAGCAUUGUGAGGCUGGAGGCAGCCGCCCCGCACUACCACGACAACCAGCUGCAGGUCAAGGUUUUCUGGAAGAGCCGGCACCAAGAAGAGGAGCAGAAGGAGACUCCGUCUUAUUCGUUGAGAUGGUAUCCAGAAGUAUGCACCAACAAUGUCACAAAGAGGGAGAAAAAAGCCACUGUUCAGGGAACCCAUUUUGUGAUCACCGGCCUGCUCUUUGCGUGCAAGUACCGCGUGGCAGUGAUGCCCCUAUCUGGGGCUCCGAGGUCAGAGGCCGUUACCUCGGUAACCACCCCGCAGUGCUUGUCCCUAAAAGGCAGAGGGAAGAAGUUCAUCCCCUGUGCCAGAGACGACCACCACCCAGUGGUCAGGAAGACACAGCUCCGGCCAGAGAAGCUCGGCGUGGAAUUCCAGGCAGUUAACGGCUCACUGCGGGGCGUGUUCAGCUGGCAGGUGUCCCAGGCGGCCCCGGGCCAGGCCCCCAUCACCGGCUUCCAGAUCUCCUGGGCGCGGGUCUCAAGCAGCCACGGCAGCAGCAGCAGCAGCAGCAGCAAUGGAGACGCCGUGGCCUCCACGACAGACGAGGCCAUCUCCCAGACCCAGACCCAGACCCUGCCUCCAGACCAGUUCUCGUUCACAGUGGACGCGCUGCAGUCCAACAGCGUGUACAAGGUGCAGGUCCAAGUGCUGUCAGCAGGGGGCAGCGGUCCCUCCGUGGCCCGAACGCUCCACACCCCACAGCUCCCCGCCUCCACCUCCACCUCCACCUCCACCCAGCUAUGAGGUGCUUCCCCGUCCCCACUUCAGCUGCUCCUUGCCUACGGUCCCUGUGAGAGUACCACUACAGUCCCUUCCCCCCACGCACCUGAACGUCACCCAACCCUUACCACAGCGGCCCAGCACUCCAGCAUAUAUCACUUUGCCAGUGGCAACAUUGCAUGACAGAUCCAAUGACUUUAUGUGGAAAAUCUAGAUAAUCCUGGACCUAAAACAUAGCCUGGCAGUUAAUAUGUAUUGAAGGUGUUUUAGAAACGUGUAGGUAUAAAUCAUUUAUGUUAUUAUCUUCUUUUAUUUUAUAUAAAUAUCUGUAAAAAAUAAGUAGCACUGAUGUAUGUAGGUCUAUUGUAAGUGUCAUUUGAUUUUUUUGUUAUAUUUCCUCAUAUAAAAAAUGUUUGGUCCUCUAUAUUUUUUUAUGAUGACUACAACUUCGCACGUGAAUCUGUCAGUUAUGUUUUUAGUUUUACAGGUAAAUGUCAUAAGUUAUUUUUAACACCACACAUUUUUCAGUUAACUUUUUUUUUUGUAAUUCUGGAAAGAAUCUUCACUUCAUCCCUUCUUAUUUAUUGUGACGUACUAAGAGUGGAAUGUAUGUUUUCGCACGUUGUGUAAGCAACGGUAAGCUGCAGCACAGUUCAGUACAUUGUAUUCAUAGCGAGGCCCUAGUAGUCUGCUUUGGGGUUGUGGGAGAAUUAUUGCCAAGGGUCAGUUGAUAGUGGAAUCCUAAUGACAGAUACUGAUACUGAAGUGAGACCCUUUCUUAUUAUUCUCUCCAGUGGAGUCAGAACUCCUCAUGUGACUCCAGGAUUGCUCGUCUCUGAAGAGCUGAGGAGGAUUUCAUUUCAGGGGCUCUUGGCUCACGAGUGGCUAUCUUAGGAGAGGGACUUCAGCUUUGAUCAGGGCCCUCCUUUUUCACUCUCAACACUAUUGAAGAUAGAGGAAAUCCGUUCUGCUCCUCUGGGCUUCAUUAUGAGUGAGGAGGCUCAUGUGUUGUAAGUUGUUUCUGGUGUAAACACUGUUUCUAGGCUGGCAAAGCUUCAGCCAUGUUGCGGUGUUUCAUUGUGGCAGGCCACUUGUGGCCGUUUUGUAUCGUAGCAUAUUAUACUCUGUAAAUAUUGUACUUGAUGUUGUGUAAACAAAUGUAUGUCCCUGUCAUGAAUAAAAUCUAA